AUGAUGGCUUUGGAACAUUUAACAAGAUUAACUUUGAGCCACAAUAAGCUGACAGAAAUCCCUCAAGACAUUGUGCUUUUGGUUAAUCUUGAAAAACUGAAUCUAUUUAAUAAUCAUAUUGAGACCUUACCAAGUAACCUCUGUGACUUUACCAAGCUGAAAACACUAAAUCUAGCGAUCAACCGCCUGAAAGCACUUCCACGAGGUUUUGGUGCCUUUCCCGUCCUUGAAGUUCUUGAUCUUACUUACAACAAUCUCAAUGAGUCCAGUUUACCUGGAAAUUUUUUCUGUUUAGAAACCCUUCGUGCCUUAUAUCUUGGAGAUAAUGAUUUUACUACUUUCCCAGCUGAAGUAGGCAAACUUCAGAACCUGCAAGUUCUUUGUUUAAGAGAUAAUGAUCUGAUCCGUCUUCCAAAAGAGAUUGGAGGUAUACAACGGUUAAGAGAACUACACAUUCAAGGAAACAGGCUUUCAAUUUUGCCACCAGAACUUGGACAACUUGAUUUGUGUGGAACAAAACAACUUUUUAAAGCAGAGAACAAUCCUUGGGUGACAAUGAUUGAGGAUCAAAUGAAAAUUGGACCAUCUCAUGUAUUUGAAUACAUUCGAACAAAUACUUAUAAGUUUUUGUAUGAACGUUACACAGAAGCUGAGCCAGAACCAGCACUGAGGAAAACUGAACGUGCUAAGAGAUUUGGAAAAAAAUAA